UUUGAUGUACAAUCCCUGCUUAUUUUAUUUAUUAUCUUUUCCUUUGACUGCUGCAGAGUUCAGGCUAAGGUUCAGUAGAAAUCUAAGCCAUCAUUUCCGUAACAUGGAAUAUAAGCUUGCCAUGAGUGUCCUGGACCCUAAGAUCAACUUUACGGAUAUGGAGCCUGCACCUUCCAAAUCAGAUGGACUUUCAACUUUAAUUAAUACUCUAUUAUCACCAUAUGAUAUGGGGCGGUUGAAAGAUUAUUCAAAUAAUCUGAUUGUCUUCCUGUCGAUCACCGACCUUUUAUCAAUUCUUGCACACCUAUAUUUCCAAGAGAAGAUGCCAGUUACGUUAACGUACGUUCAGGCCGCUAUUUUUUUCUGCAUGGGCUUGCAGAACCAGGAUGUCUCCUAUGUUGAGGAACAAAUGAAAAAACUAGAGAGGCAGAAGAUAUUAUCCCAGUUUAAGAAGGUUAUGAUAAAGCUCUACAAAUAUUUGUAUGGAGUUGCAUCCAAGGAGAUUGAUUCUGCUUUACCUCGACUAAAAGAAAGAGUGUUAGGACCUCAUAGUAUCUCUGUGGAUGAGUACCUCAAUGAUGCUGCAAAGAAAGUUGAGGAGGAAAUGCGAGCCAAGGCAGAUGGUGGGUUAAAUCCGGAGUUCCUCCAACAUGUCAUUGAAGGUAGAGAAGCUGAACUCGAGAAUGCUUUGGAAAAUGGUGGUGAAAAGGUGCUUUCAGGUGGUGUCAUCAGUGUGAAAUCCAGCAGAAGCGGAGUCGAGAAGCGUGGGAAGAAGGAUGAAUCAAAUAAGAAAAGUGGGAAAAAGAGAGGAAAAGACGACCGUGAUUCAAAAUCAACAAGCAAGAAGAGAAAACCAUAGUUACCAGCAUAAACAGUUGUAAUAUAUAUAGAGGCAGUUGAAGUCGUGUCUUCUUCAGAUUGGGUUUGCACUGUUAGGCCUGCCCAGUGCCAGCAUAGGCAUCAUGUCAAAGGUGUGCGCAAGUUUCGGUAGAACAGGGAUGGA